AUGCCUCACAGAAUUGACGCAGACGCAAACCUUCCCUACAUCGAGCCUCCAUCUCAAGAAGGCCUCAGAGCCAUCAAGCUACCACCUCCAUACACUGGAACACCCUGGAAGAUCUUCGUCUCCGAUGUGAAGCUCUUCUUUAAAAACUUCUUCUUUCUUCCUUACCUCUUUAUCCCUCUCUAUCCUUGGCACUCGGGUGCACUGUGCGAGUUAUACCCUUCAACAGAGAACCUCAUAGACAUCGCACUCCAUGUUAUCCUUUCCAUAACCCAACUGGCUUUCCUCGCAUCGCUCUUCACACUAGCAUUCCUUCCAACUUUUACAUACAUUGGAUAUAUCGCUGUUUUCUUUCUCCUGAAUGAACUUGUUUGUUGGCAUUUCAACAGAGGCAUUCCCCGAAGUGGCCUGAAAUCGACUGACGAUGUCCUUUCUCAAAGUUGGCCCCGGCACGAUGAUGAAGUUUGGAUCUUUCUCAACGGUAUCUGUGUAGGCAAGAACUGGUUCCAGAAGAACAUUGAUCGUAUCUCAAGGACCUUUCACAGACCAGUGAUUGGUGUUCACAACCGAACUGCUGGCGUCGUCUUCGAUCUCAUCCAAUGUCUGGUCCAACGCGCUCUUCUUUACGCAACCCAAGACGUCAGAGAAUGCUACGUCCUCGUCAAAAACGCCCUCCUAGACGAGCAAAAGAAGAAAGUGGUCUUCAUCCUUCACUCCCAGGGCGGAAUCGAAGGCGGCAUGAUUGUAGACUGGCUCCUUGACGAAAUGCCUUUCGACAAGCUCCAAAAGCUCGAAGUCUACACUUUCGGAAACAUCGCCAACCACUUCAGCAACCCAUGCCGCGGCAACGAUCCAAGCACUCCUGUCAUUCCGCAUAUCGAGCACUACGUCAACGAGAAGGAUUUCGCAUGUCGCUUUGGCGUUUUGAACUUUACCAGACACUACACGCAAAACGAAAACCGGUUCGCGGGCAAGGUGUUUAUUAACCGAAGCGGUGGACAUCAGUUGAACCAGCAUUAUCUGGAUGACAUGUUUCCGCUUGACAAGACACUUCGUAUGGCGCGGGAUGCGAAGCAGGGAGAUUUCAUGGAUAGGAACGUUCGGGUUCGAAAGGAUGGCACCAUCAAGGAGACUACACGAGCUGAACUCCCCUCGGGGUUUACACUUACCUGGGAUUCUGGUGCGAGGAACGGAUUGGUUAGUAUGGAUGAAGUUCCAAGGAUGGGAGAUCUGAGUAGAUUGUGGAAGUAUCGCAAUGGCCAGCUUCCUGAUAGCUAUAAGAGCGCUUUGGUUGAUGGUAUUGAGAAUUGA